GUUGAUGUUGUUUCCAAGUGUUCAUCGUGUUCUUCAACGGCUGUAGGAGAGGGAGGCCUCUUUUUAUGCAUCUCGUCUUCCCCGUGUAGCGGGAGAAAAUUCAAGCAAGCAUGCGCUUCCUGCAACUGAUCUUGAUCCUGAGCAUCGCGGCGCUCGCGGUCCUUGCCGAUGACGAAGCGAAGAAGAAGACGAGCCGCGACAAGCGAGAACCACAGCAGCUAUUAUUCACCCCAAGACGUACUGGACCACCACCAUACGCUGUUCAAAUGGAACCAAUAGCACAGUACUCUCAGCGUGAUCCGCUCUACAACUUGGCAGCUAAGAGUGACGAGCAGCCGAUUUUCUACGAGGAAUCACCGUACAAUUAUUACCCCACGGAACCAGAGCCUAUCAUCGAGAUCAUCAUCAAGGAGUCCAACGAGAGUUUGCCAACUCCAGUGCCUCCGACCUUACCACCAGUAUCAAAGAAAAAGAAAGAGCCCAUUCAAGUGUUCUACGUGAAGUACGAGAAGAAGCAGGAAUACGGCGAAGACAAGCCAAGGGUGGUUUACGAUACGCCGAUUCCAGCGAUAAAUCCCGUGGAGGAGCACGAGGAAAUAAGACCCGACGAUGCUGAACCCGAAGCAGCACCGUAUCCUGUCGAGACGAUCACUCAGCCACCCGAUCUAUCCACCACUCUUAGAGCAAUUAUCAAGCCCGAUAGUGAAUAUUAUCAUUCUGGUAGCAGUGGCAUUAAGGUGACCUUUGGUACCGAACAAAUACCACCGAAUAAUCAUAACAAGAGAAGCGACAAGGACGAUUCCGACGAUUCCAUUGUAGAAAAACCUACUGCUCAUCCGCCACCUGGAUCGCCGAAACGGCCACAUGGACCAUACGCACAGUUUCAACCGGUACCUCCACGAGUGACACCUGCAUUCGGACACCAACGUAUUGUCAACUCGUUCACGCAGCAACAACUUCUAGGAACUCAACCACCACCAUCGAACUUUGCACCACAAUUCCAUCAACGUUUGAAUCAACCUCCUAUUUCAUUCCCACCAAAUCGACCGCCACACCAGAGGUUACCUAUCACUAUUCAGGGCCUACCGGAUUUGCAGCAGAGGUUGCAAUUCAAUUCCUUUGUACCACCACACAGGAUUAGUGUGAAUCAUCCAGGAUCUGUAUCCACCUUGUCCCAUCAGAAUGUUCAACUGCAGAACUAUCAGCAAUUGCCUAAUCAGCAGCAAGCGAACUUCAAUAACUUCGAUCCUUUCAAGCAGCAGCGAGAGCAGGAAAAACAAAAGUACUUCGAACAACAGAGAUUACAGGAUUAUAAGAGGCAGCAAGAGCAAUUCAGAAUUUUAGAGCAGAGACGUAAGCAAGAGCAGGAACAAAAAUUGAGGCUGCAACAGCAGCAACAACAACAACAGCGACAACAGCACCCACCGUUCAAGUUUUUGCCACCGCAACAAUCGCAACAGCAAUUGCCACUGCUGCAAACGCAUCAACAAUUACCACAAAAAGAUAACGGCGGAGAAAUCUUGAAAGCUAUUCCAAAGUUGGAACAGCACUAUGCCAUCAGGGAAAAUCCACAAUUCCCGGGACCAUUCCCACCAAAUCCUCAGUUCGCCGAGGCGACUUUCAACAAUAAUCAAUUCAAUGUGCCUGCUCAACAACCGAACAUCAAUCAGUUGCAACCACAGCAACAACAAGGUCUGAAAUUGAAUAUCAACCAGUAUAACAGACCAGUUCAGCAACAGUCUAACUUGGCGCAACAAUCACAAUUGUCGUACCAACCUAAUGUACAAUCGAAUCUAAUUCAACAGUCGCAGUUGUCAUUCCAGCAAACCCAGCCACCGUCGCAUUUAUUGCAACAGAAGCUACCACUUCAACAGAAACCAACAGUUACCAUAAAUACCCCAAAACCUCAAGUGCAAAUAUUCAAGAAUCAACAAUCGUUUUUCCUGCAAAAUCUUCCUCCUCCUCAGCAGCAGAGUCCUAAUCCUCAAUACCAACAGCAAGAUCCUCAGCUACAACAGCAAUCUAUCUGGGGAAGACCAGUAUUCCACCAAGCCAAUAAUGUCGACUCGAACCAAAAGAUCUUCGCGACUCCGCUGACUAAAACGGCUGGCGAAGAUUUCAAGAAAAUCUCAGCUUCAACGCCGAAUAGCAUCAGAUACUCGUCGACCCCGAAGCCUACGACUCUAACCACACCAGCUAGAGCAGUAUUAACAACGACUACACCGGAACCAACGACAACUCUGUCGCCGAAACAGCAAUCUAAAAUCAAAGAGAACAUUGCCAACUUACCGGACGAAGUACCCGAUGACAUUCGUGAACAACUAUUGAGUUCUGGCAUCCUCGGCAACGCUGAUAUUCAAAUUCUCGAUUACGACAAGGUUGGAGGUAUCAACAUCGGUGAUCUCCCACCAGAAGCUCUGGCUAAUUUCUACGGUGCUGGUGGGGCUGCUGCCACAUCGGCAAGCGAACCAGUACCGCAAGUCGUCGCUAAGAAACCGAAAAUUGUCGAGGAUGAAGUUCAAGUUGCCGCGUCGUCAUCGCAUUUGGGUAAAAAUUCUUUCGAGGAGGUGACGUUAAGACCUGGUGGCGUUGAAAUGAAAGUCGUAAGAUUCGAUCCAAGCACUACUCAAGGACAAUCGGUUGCCGAUCGACAUAUCAAGGAGAAUGCAACUCAAUUGAAUCCUGUUGCAUUAGGUGAUGAUGAAUCUGGACAGUACAACAGGUAUCUUCCGCUCAAAGUUAGUGGUGCCUCAUUCCCCAUUCCAAGUGUGCCGGAACUUGCUGGCAAAACAAUUUCAUCAGUGGUCGUGUUGGCACCUGUUGAUUAUGGAUUCCAACCUGAUGGUCAAGAUGCGAGGCAUAAUCGUAAAAUUGCCAAUGAUGUGCAAGCGAUCAAGUUCCUUGCUGGAGAAUCACUUAAGCAGUUAGUGAAGAAACCUUCGGCUGAUAAUUACAAGCGGUGGUUGGAUCAGGAAAGGCAAACUGAACCUCAACGACAAAGUGUUGUCCUUCUUGUUACCACACCGAGCAACAGCCCUGACGCUGAGAAAGAGAUUUUCAUGUACGACGUAUCGUCGGAAACAGUGAACAAACUCGCGGGUAACCUGUCGACUGCUUUUGUCGACGCUGCUGAGAGUAACGCUGAUGUAAAUGAAGAUCCGAUGGCCGACGUGAUUAGCCAGUGAGAUUAAUUGGACUGCCACAACACACUCAAAUAUAUUGACACUGUUCGCGCGGAGCGCGGCUUUUUACUUCUCUAAUUGUGCCAACGACUCCAAGGAAGGAUUCGAUAUGAGAGAGCGAGAGCUUUAGUUGCGUGUCUUCUCUUAAUAAUAUUAUUUUAUAGAAAAGAAAUGUUUUUUUAUACAGAAAAGCCUCAAAUGUAGAUAUCUUAGUGACGUACUAUUGUAUUGUGUAUAUAUUAUGAAGAUUUUUAUACCUUUUUUUUAAUACAGUUUUUUAUAUAUU